AUGGAGCACAUACCUCAGGAAGUCGUCGAGAAGAUCUGCACUUACCUUCCUAAAGGCAGCCUCAAGGCUGUUCUUACAAUUAACAGCAACUUUCGCUUUGUCGCGGAGAGAUGUUCUGGUGCUUUUGAGAAAUUCACCAUCGACGGUUCGGACUUCGACACGUUCCGCGCGCUUUUUACUGGCCAUCGACUCAUGUACUUCCGGGAAUUGAUAUUUCGACCGUCACUUCCCGACAAGACUGCAGAACUGCGGCUAUCGUCUAUCGCUCCAUGGUCCCAGAAAUUCUCUCGAUUAUGA